AUGGCCGCUACAGGAGACUCCGUCAGACAAGCGGUUGACUUAGAUAAUUUGAUUCAAGAAUACAUGCACUUUGAAAAGUUAGUGAGGAACACUGGCCAAGAAAACAACUGCCUGAAAAAGGAGAACCGUUUACUUAAUAAGCAGCUUCAAUCAUGCCAGGAAGCUGAAAAGAUUGCACUGGAAGUUGGGAUCACGAGCCAAUACGUCAAGAACAAGAUGGCCGCUACAGGAGACUCCGUCAGACAAGCGGUUGACUUAGAUAAUUUGAUUCAAGAAUACAUGCACUUUGAAAAGACUGGCUCGUUUUUUUCUGACUUGCAGUUAGUGAGGAACACUGGCCAAGAAAACAACUGCCUGAAAAAGGAGAACCGUUUACUUAAUAAGCAGCUUCAAUCAUGCCAGGAAGCUGAAAAGAUUGCACUGGAAGAAGCUGAAAAGUUUAAAGCAAUGGUGGACAGUCUUCAGAAAGUUUUAUUACAACGAUGUGACAAGGAAGGUAAAACUGUACAAAAAUUUCAAUUUCAUCUACUCUUUGAGGUCGCUUCAGAGGAAAGUAUCAUCCGCAAGGUACGGACUUGUUUACAUGGUCCAGUGUAAGAUUUGAACUUAGCAUCUGAUUGAAAAGAACAAAGGACGAUUUCCCA